AGAGGGAGUACUUUAUUUCUAAAUUCCCCAUUGGUCAACGCCGUCUGCGAAGUUAACGGCAUUUGAAAACAUAUAUAACCACUGUCACACCCCUUCUACUUUUUCAAACCUUUUCCUUCAGGGUGAAAUAAAUAUAAAGUGUUUCAGUAUGAAGACUGUCCUUUUCCGAACCGGUUCGGGCUCAAUUCCGGUUCAGACUCCGGUGGUUCCCGGUUCUACAAAGGUGUCGGCUGCUCGAACAUCCAUUGAUAAACUGUUUAACGGAGAGAAUAAGAAGAAAUCAUGUUCUUCUCCAGUGAUCUCUCUGAAUCUGAAAGUUAACCGUCGGAGUAUUCGCCGGACUUCGUCGGAGUCCGACUCAAUCCGUUCGGCGUUCGGAUCGUCAUCGUUACCGGCAGUACUACCGGAGGAAGAUUUCGGUAAUUCUGAGCAGGAUGAGUUGGAGGUUUUGCGAAGUAUUGGAUCGUUAAGUUUGACGGAAGAUCGAGGGAGUUACGCCGGAGAUUUUCCGGUGAACGUAAUUCCGAUCGAUGGGCUUGGGUUUUCCGAUGGAGGAAUCGGCAAAAAUACAAAGUUUGGCGCUGGCGGUGGUAGUAGAGAUGGCGGGAACACAGAUCCGAGUAAAAUUGGAGAAUAUUAUAAGGAAAUGUUGAAAUCAGAUCCUAUGAAUUCUCUUCUUCUUAGAAACUACGGCAAGUACUUGCAUGAGGUAGAAAGAGAUUUUGUGAAAGCUGAAGAAUGUUACGGAAGAGCAAUACUUGCAAGUCCUGGUGACGGGGAAGUGCUUUCACUGUAUGGAAAAUUGGUUUGGGAGACACAGCGAGACGAGAACAGAGCCAAAUCUUACUUUGAUCAAGCUGUUCAAGCUUCUCCUGACGAUUGUACUGUGUUGGGAUCAUAUGCACAUUUCAUGUGGGAAGCAGACGAGGACGAGGACGAGGAAGUGGAGAGUGAGAGAGUAGCAGCAGCAGCAGCAGCAGGGGCAACGAUGGUUGCAGCAUACUAGCAGUAACAGUAAAUGGAAUAAAAUAUCUAUGCUCACCUUCGGCUUUGUAAGAUAAAAAAUAAUAUCGUUGAGAUAAGCUAACGUGUUUUAAUGUACUUGUAAAAUGUGUAACCAUAUCAAAUAAAAAGAGAGAAAUUCACUA